CAGCCCCGUGUGACGACUCAGCGGCGGGCAGCGGCGGGCCUGGCGGUAUCAUGUACUACGUUGGUCUUUCAAUCUCACACUAACACUUUACGAUCAGUACCACCUUGAGCAUCCUAAGACUCAGAGAUCCCAAAUAUCAUCAGGCAUAGGUUUGACGCAAGCACUGAUCACCACCCACACAAAGAAAAGAUGUCGAAUUUGGAGUCGUCGCCUAUCCUGACCACGAUGCGGCAGCGCGUGAUUGACUACAUCACCCAACUCCAGAACGACAUCGUCAGUGCUCUUGAGAAUGCCUCAGCCCCUCCGUGUCAGUUCAAACGCGAUGCCUGGUCACGUCCACAAGGCGGUGGUGGCAUCUCGUGCACAUAUGCCUCUUCCGGAGAUGAUGCUACCUACGAAAAAGCUGGUGUCAAUAUCUCCAUGAUCCACGGCACACUCCCCCCAGCUGCGAUCAAGCAAAUGAGCAGCGAACAUUCAUCUCUGGAUGUCAAUACCAUGACUGCCCUUCCCUUUUUUGCUGGCGGCAUCAGCUUAAUCGUACAUCCUCGCAAUCCGAAUGCACCAAGUGCGCACGCGAACUACAGGUACUUUGAAGUAUUGGAUUCCACAGAGAAGGAUGCAAAGGUUGUCGGGUGGUGGUUUGGUGGCAUCACAGAUCUCACACCAUCAUACCUGUUCGAGGAAGAUGCGAAGGAGUUCCAUGGGACGCUGAAGGCGGUUUGCGACGCCUAUGGGACAGCCCUGUAUCCCAAGUUCAAGCAGUCUUGCGACGACCAUUUUUUCAUUCCCCAUCGCAAGGAGUAUCGUGGUAUUGGAGGGAUCAGAUUUGAUGAUCUAAAUGACGAAAUGAACGCUAUUCUAGGCUCCGUAGAUGGCGAAGCCCGCCCCCGCACAGCAGAUGACAUAUUCGCCUUCGUACGUGCUCUCGGAGAUGCAUUCACCUCCUCCUAUAUGGGCAUUCUCAAUCCCCGGAAAAUCAUGCCUUCAGAUGAGCGUAUGCGUCGUUGGCAGCUUCUUCGACAUGGGCGGUAUGUUGAAUUCAACCUCGUUUGUGAGAGGGGAAUUAAAUUUGGAUUGGCUGCCCCCGGUGUCAAUGCGGAGAACGUGCUGAUGGGAAUGCCAGAAAUGGCAAGGUGGGAGUAUAUGUCAGAUAUGUUUGAAGAGAGUGAUUCGGCGGAAGGAAAGAUGAUGGAGGUGCUCAAAUCCCCAAAGUCUUGGGUCUAGUUCAGUCUUGUCGGUCUUGCUGCGCGUUUCUGAUGGACUCUUCACAUGGAUACUUAGCUAUCUUUUGCAGCCUGAAUCCGAAUCUCAAAAGCGUCGCGCUAAGUACUCAAUACUCGGUGAUCUGAUCGUAGUCGGAAAUAUAUGCUGGCAGACUGACCUCCGAUCAGAGUAUUAGUGAGCCACC